CCGGUCAAAGUGGUUAACUGGGGAUCUGAGCUAGGCGGUGACGCGCGGCCCUCACGUGACCAGGAGCCUAUGUCUGCCCAAGUCCCUCUCGUCCAGGUCCUUUUUGCUUGUCCAGACACCGUCUGCCUACUGCCCUUUGGUCAAGGGGAAAAAGCAGGAGGAAGUCUGCGGGUCACAGCGGUGUGCCUCGAGGAGAGGAGGCCUAGAGCAAACCGCCAGGAGAGGUCCAGAGGAUCCUCAACAUGGAAAAAUCCUGCAAAGAAAAUGAAGAACAGCCAGAGAGCGCGCCCAAGACGGAUGACGAACGGCCUCCUGUGGAACACUCUCCCGUAAAGCAGUCUCCGGAAGAACCGUCUUCCGAAGAGCAGUCGGAGGAGGAGGAGUUCUUUCCUGAGGAGCUCCUUCCUGAGCUCCUUCCCGAGAUGCUCGUGGCCGAGGAGCGCCCUCCUCCGGAGCGCCUUUCUAGAAGGGACCUUUUUGAAGAGCGCCCUCCCAUGGAACAGCCUCCUUGUGGAGUGGGAAAACAUAAGCUGGAAGAAGGAAGCUUCAAAGAGAGGCUGGCUCGCUCUCGCCCGCAAUUUAGAGGGGACAUACACGGCCGAAAUUUGAGCAACGAGGAGAUGAUAAAGGUGGCAGAGGAGAUGGAAGAAAUGAAAAGAGUACGAAACAAAUUAAUGGUCAUGCAUUGGAAGGCGAGACGGAACCGUCCUUAUCCUAUUUAAUGUGUUUGGCCUUUAAUUGUUUCCCCUGAUAGAAGGUUGCCACCUGAACUUUGUUUGCAUUUUCUCAUCUCAUGCACUUUCCCCAUCUCAAUUUUAACUUUUUGCGUGGCUUUAUUUUAGGUGUUUUGCUUGUAACUGGCAUAAAAUUGGGUUUUCCCCACCCACAAGCUGCAAGUCUCCCUCUCACCCAUUUGCAUGAAAAGGUGUACAUUAUAUAUUGUGAAGUGAAAACAACGAUUUUCAAAAAGUAUAUGUAGCAUCCCAUUUUUGUAAAAAAUGUAUAUUUGUAUAUUAAUAUGCAAAGAAAAAACUGAAAGUAUAUACUUAAAUGUCUUAACAGUGGCUAUCCAUGUGGUAAGAUAACAGGUGUUUUGGUUUUUCAUUUUGCUUAAUAGGAGCUUCUCAUUUUUCAAGACAAACAUAUUUUGCUUUUGUUGAAAAAAACAAUAUGGGGGAAAAUUUAAAAACUGUCAAUCAACUUAUAAAGACAAUGUGGCACUUAAUAAAUACUUGUCAGAACUUUAAAGAAAAGUAAAUCCCAUGUUUCCUUUAAAUCUCUUAGGCAGAAAAAUAAACCAGGUACUUCUACUUAAGGGUCAUUCUUUUCCUAUUUAAAUAGGAAUAAUGCUGGAUUUACAAGGCUGCUGUGGAGCCAAACGAAGAUCCUAGAGCUCUAUGGUUUUCCUCCACCUGCAUAUGCAGGGCCCCCAACCCAUAUAAGGUACCCUUCAAAUACAGUGGAUAGAACCCAAAGGAGGUUUCACUUACACUCACAAAUAAUUCCUGUGAGAUUCCAGGUGAAUGCCACAUUCUAUUUCUGUCCUGCUAUUCCCUUCCCUUGGACACUGCCACAUCUACUGGGAAUAGCUUCCCUUUUUCCUGGGUCUUGGUCCUUCCAUGACCCCCACGACAGCCAAGGUGCCUGGGUCCUCCAGUUGCAAAGCUUCACUGAUUUCUCUGGAGUCCCUCUGAGCCAAAGCUGAACUCAGUCUCCUACAGGUAAAUGGAGAAUGCCCCUCCUUUGGUUUUAAUAUUAUACAGGUGCAUAUCGUCCCAGUGCUGCUUAAACCUCAAUGUUUUAAAGAAUUCUUAGCAAAAUUGUCCCUUUUUUUCUGAAAGCUUCUCUUUUCUCCACUGGAUUCAAACAUGAGUUCACUGAGACCUGGGCUAGGAGACAAACUUGCAAGCCAGACACAAUGCUAUGUAUUCAGAAUUGGAAUCUCUCCCAAUAAUCUCCAAAAAUGACUAAGGUUUUAGGUACCUAAUAUUUGCCUUAGGGUGAGUUCCCUCCCAAGGGUUUCUGGCAAGCUUGCCUUAACCAAGUCAGCUGACUUGCUCAACUUGUAUAAAUUAGAGAGGAAGGUAAGACUUAGCCUCAAGUUAGGACAUUUCCCCUAUACUCCACCCCUCAUCACCAAGAAACAUUCAAAAGUACUUUGUAAGUCAUUAAAGUAUUAUCUAUGUGUAUGCAUAUACAUAUAUAUGCCUGUGUGUAUCAGAUAUUAUGAUUUCUCAAACUACCCUCAUAACACCUAAGAUUUUGUUUUAUUGUUCCUGUUGAUUCUAGAAACAUGGAUAGUGGUUAAUUUUUUUAAAUUAUGACCCAGUCAUGAACCCUGAGUUUGUCUGAUUGACUAUGUAGCUUCAGUAUGUUCACUUCUCUAGAAAGUAUGAUUUGCAGUCCCAAAAGGAUCACUGUGGGGAGGAAUU